CCGAUUACUCCUGAGCACAACUUCUACACUAGAAUCAACCCUUUAUUACAAGAAAUGUCACACUCAUUUGACAUCCAGAGCAUAUACGAUGCUAAGUUUGGAAAGGGUGUGUUCUCAAGAACCAUCGACCCCUUCACGAAGAAUCUUCGUACAGAGUCUAUCAUGGCUCGGAAGCAUCAUUGCACCUUAUGCGGUGACAAGGCCCCUACUGCGAGGUGCUAUCAGGCGGACAAGCUGCAUUACGCCUUCUGCAUCGCCGAAGAUGCGACUGGCGUCGCAUGUGGCGAACGCUUCCAAGUUGAGUCUCCUAAGGGUUGUGGCACUCAUCACUACAGUCAUGGAUAUAAUGAGUGUUUCAAGAUAGCCUACAAGUCUCUUCGGUCGGGGCAUUCGCUUAACGGAUCUGUGAGUUCUGGAGAGAACGAUGAUUGUUCAGAUAUAACGAAUAAUGAAGUCAUUGAACAUCAUGAUUAUACUUACUACGAAACGACAAAACGCCAAAGGACUUGGGAAGCAAAAGACACCAAGACGGGACGGGAGAAGACUCGCAAAACGAAGAAGCUUCAGCCUGCUCCGACUAUCAGCUCUUACACGAAAAAGCUACUUCGUAGGUAA